AUGCUCACUGAAUUCUUGUGCAAGCGUGAAAUGGAUGACUACGACAUUAAAUGGAAAAAUCAUGCGGUGGAGACGAUUGACGUUGUGAAACGUUUACGCGACCAAGAUGCGUUCUUGGAUGUAUGGUUGCAUUGUGAUAGUGAUGGCAAAUGUCUCCGAGCCAACAAAACCAUUUUGGCAGCAUGUAGCGCGUUUUUCGAGCGCGUGUUUGUUGAAAUCAGAGCGAAUGAUAUUGCCUCUUCUCCUGUCGUCGUCUUGAAGGACAUCCAGUCGAGAAUACUGAGACAUGCGCUCGACUUCAUGUACUCUGGAGAAGUUAUGGUUCCUUCUCACGAACUGACGGAUUUUGUGCAUGUUGCCGAAAUUUUGGAAAUCCGAGGUAUGCAGGGAGUGCAGUCAAGUCUUGGGGAGAUGGAUUCCCGGGAACAUGGCAAAGUCCCUGUGAAAGGCAAACGACGUCGGCAACCCUUGAAGACCGCUGUAACUUCGAAAAAGAAGAAAGCCGAGGUUGAUCCAGUACGGGAGAUGAACGACGACGAUCCACUCGUCAAUCACGGGGUAUCGGAUCAGCUUCUGGAAGAACUCAAGGCCGUCGCAGAAGACGCGGAAUUCGAAGACCUCGAGGAUAGAAACGUUGAUGCCGACGAUCCCGUGCCUGCAAUCAUGUUGGACGCACCGCCACAGAACAUUCCAGAUGAGAUUUCGGCAUCGGAUCCGAUUGUUCGGAAGGCCGGGCAUAUGUGGAGGGGCAAGCGGAAGGACAACCGAGGUACCGUUUUCUUUUGCGAGAUUUGUGGCCAUAUUGCGACCAAAUCCACGCAUGCCCAGGAUCACAAUCGAGUGCACACGGGGGAAAGACCAUUUCGCUGUCGUGUGUGCGAUCGGUCCUUCACUCAGAAGUCACACAGAAACAAGCACGAAGUGACGAUCCAUGCAACGACCGGCGGAAACUUGUUGUUCUUGUUAUAUCAUGAGCUCAUGCAUACUUCCGUCGCCAAGAAAGUGCUGUGGAAUGUGGAAACCUUUUUCAGAAACGUUUUGUACAGUUGUUCGCUACUGCUGCGUUGUCGAGCUGUUGAGGACGUGUAUGGUGCGAAACCGUGGCCGUCGAUGUUGGCCACGGCAUCCGGAGUAUCCGUUGCAGACGUGUGCAAAACACUGUUUGAGGAAAUCAAAAAAGACAAGAAGCACCGUUAUGUAAUAUACUUCAUCAAGGACGAGAAACAAGUGGACGUGGAGACGAUAGGUGGCCGUGAACGCUCAUAUGACGAUUUCAUCGACGAUCUGCAGAAGGAAGGUCCAUCCGAAUGUCGAUAUGGUGUGUUCGACUUCGAAUACACCCACCAGUGCCAAGGCACUAGCGAAGCGACCAAAAAGCAGAAGUUGUUCUUGAUGUCCUGGUGUCCAGACACAGCAAAAAUCAAAAAGAAGAUGCUGUAUUCUUCGUCCUUCGACGCGUUGAAGAAAUCUCUCGUUGGAAUUCAGAAGUACAUACAGGCAACGGAUCUGUCCGAAGCGUCAGAAGCUGCGGUGGAAGAGAAACUCCGUGCUACCGACAGGCAACUCAUGUCCAAAACGAGUCGAGUUGUGUACACGCUUCGCGGUUGGAUGGCUUUUAUUGCCUUCAUCCAAUUUGGCACGGCCAUGCGGUGUUUUGUUGAACGGGAUGUUUUUCUCGGCGCUAAGAGCUACGUGGAGAACCGCGAGGAUCGCGAUGUGGGAUUUGCGCUGUCACGAAUGUACAGUAUGUUCAGUAUAUUGCUGGCUGUCAUCAUCGUGCAAUGUGCUCUGCACAUCCACUACAAAACGAUCCGGCAGUUGACGCUGAUGGCUUUGGCUCUGAGUCUAUCUUUCAUUCUCACCGAGAUUUUCUACUUCAACUCCUUCAAAUCGAAUGAGGUUGCUCCUUACGUGUUCGCCCUUCUUCACAGUAUUACGCUGAUUUGUCUUUGGGCGAGUCCGUGGUUCUUCAUACCGUUGGUCGAAGAUGAUGACGAGAAGCUCAUUAGCAAGGCUAGUGCGGGGAAACCGGGUUCUUUCAACGUUGAAGCCAUGGCAAACGUUCAUUUCCGAUCGAGUUCGAAAACGAAGCGUUAUCGGAAGAAAGAGAAGACCAAGUGA